UCGCUUCUUUUUUUAGGCGGCAGCAGCGGCGCCUGAUCGUUAAGGAACCGUGUCCUUUUCUCACUAACUUUUCUUUGUCCCAAACUGCCUUUUCCUUCUUUUCGUUCCCUGAUUCCUAUUCUUCCUUCUAGUCUCCUUCGCACUUUUAUUUUAAUAUUUUGAGACUCUCCGUAAUGCCAUUCUCUCCUCUGCUGCCCUCUUCUCAACCACAGGACCCGCACCCCAAGCAUCGUUCGCGGGGAGAACGGGCCACCUAGCACCCGAGUAGAAAGGACGUCGAAUAGCUUCCCAUUCGCCAAGGCAGCGGCCCAAGCAGGGCUAACCCUCUUCCCUACCCACACUUUUUUUCUAUAAGGCGGGGCGAUGCCGCAGCGUGCGCACGGGAAGGCGUCAGGAAGGCCUGCAUGUGAGAUGGUGGUGGUUGUAGGGUCUCAGUCCGCGGGUUAGGAGCUCGAGCGCAGGCCCUGGGUGGUGUGCGGUGCGGAGGCGUUGGUGUCAGGGAUUUGGGUGUGGAGGGAGAGGUAAGAGUGUGGUGUCCCCAGGUGAUCACGCUUUGGAGAAUUCUGGACAGAAUAACGGCCAUUUCGGAGAAAGGAAGUUGAACCACAUUGACUGUUUUGGUGCUGUUUUGUUUUUUUCAGUUCAGCAGAGAAUAUUUUCUGGGGGAGGGAGGGACGGUGGUGAGUUAAAAUGGCAUAGUAUUUUACUGAGAAUAGUUUAUUGGAAGACGGUCCACAACGUUCCUUCCCUUACUCUACUUUUAAUGUUCACCACUUCGCCCCUCCGAAAACCUAAGGAGAUGGGCAAAAAGGAACGACCAGAUAAUAAUUCAUGACGACCACCUUGUUCCUUAGCUAGGCCCCCUCCGGGUUGUGCUGACGCAAGUUACGUGUGUACCAAACCUGGGGAAGCACGUAACAGUCCCCGCCCCUAGGACGGAGGGCGGGGCGUCAUCUUCAGCACGUGCUGCUCCUACCCGCGCAAGCCCAAAAGGGUGUGCGCAGGCGCUUCCCGCUAGGGGGAGGAAGGAGGCGGGGUAGAGAGGUUGUUGGGUUUAGAGCCGGGCGGAGACCGCUGAGACUCAUUCCUCAGGAACAAGGGUCGGGUGUCAAGGAGACCUUUUCACACCAGCUCCCCGUCCCCCGCCUACGGUGGGUGGGUUCGCGCGGCAGAGACAAAGGAUUUCAGUAGGCACGAACAUAGCUGCGAAGGGAAGUUGGGUGUCAGUUUGGGGUUGUGGGCUUUUGGGGAGGAUUGAGGGGGGCUAUAUUUAAACUCCUGGAGCCGUUAAGUUGGUUCGUACUCGGAUGCGCGCGCGACCUGGGUGGUGGCAGAGUGCGCAUGCGUAUUUCUGGGGCGAGUGGAACGCGCUCCAGUACUGCGCGCUCGCGGCAAAGCGGUAGUGGUAAAGGAGAAAAGGGUCGGCGCACGCGCGUUUGCUUCCUCGAGUUCUUCGGCUGUCGCGGGCAUCUUGUUUUGGUCUCGCGGGCGAGUGGGGCGCGCUUCGGGGGCGGCGCUUGGGUGCGAGACUAGGGGAGAAAAGCAGAGCUGCGCACGCACUCGGGGAAGGGGGGGGAGUGGAGCGGGAUCUAAGGAGGGGGAUUAAGCCCCCUGAUUCCCCCCUUGUAGCCCUCGACUGGGACAGAGUAAGAGGGGGGAAAUGAUAGAGAUGGCGGCGGAGAAGGAUCUGUUUCUGGUCCCUGCCCCGCCGCCGCCACUAAAAGAGGAGUCAGGCGGAGGGGGCAGCCCCUCAGUGCAACUGCGCCGAGAGGCCGCCUCCGGGGAGCUCCGCGGCGGGACGCAGCGCGGGCCGGGCCCACGCGCACACUCAGCUGGAGUCCCGGCUUCUGGGUCCUGCAAGGAGAGCCCCAGGGCUACAUCCACUCCUCGGGGUGGCCAGUCGCAGCAGCAACCAGGGGGCAGCCCCCAGGCGCAUGGGGAGGCCCGAUUGUCGGAUCUCCAUGGGCGAGCCGCUCCUCCGGACGUGGGGGAGGAGCGACGGGGAGGUGGCGGAACAGAACUGGGCCCCCCUGCCCCGCCUCGACCCCGAAAUGGCUAUCAGCCCCACCGGCCCCCUGGGGGAGGUGGGGGCAAGAGGAGAAAUAGCUGCAAUGUAGGGGGAGGUGGAGGAGGCUUCAAACAUCCGGCCUUCAAGAGGCGCAGGCGGGUUAAUUCGGACUGUGACUCUGUAUUACCCUCCAACUUCCUCCUGGGGGGCAAUAUCUUUGAUCCACUGAACCUGAAUAGUCUUCUGGAUGAGGAAGUGAGCCGCGCACUCAAUGCAGAGACCCCUAAGUCAUCCCCACUUCCGGCCAAGGGGCGAGAUCCAGUGGAGAUUCUCAUCCCCAAAGACAUUACUGACCCGCUCAGUCUCAAUACUUGCACUGAUGAGGCCCAAGUAGUGCUUGCUUCACCACUCAAGACUGGUCGGAAGCGGCAUAGACACCGGGGACAGCACCACCAGCAGCAGCAGGCAACUGGAGGGAACGAUAGCCACUCUGUGCUGCCCACAGCCCCCCUCACUCCCUCACUCCAUGGGGAGGGGACCACACAGCAGCAGCGGCACAGGGGCCAGAACCGGGAUGCCUCCCAGCCCUAUGAACUCAACACAGCCAUCAACUGCAGGGAUGAGGUCGUGUCUCCCCUUCCAUCUGCCCUACAGGGUCCCUCAGGCUCCCAUUCAGCUCCUCCAGCUGCCUCAGUUACCUCUGCACUCCCGUCUUCCUCCUCACGACAUCGAAAACGUCGCAGGACUUCCAGCAAGUCAGAGGCAGGGGCUAGGGGUGGAGGCCAGGGUCCCAAGGAAAAGAGUCGAGGGAGUGGGGGAGGUCGCCACCAUCUACACCAACUACCUGCAGCAGGUUUCAAAAAACAACAACGCAAGUUCCAGUAUGGGAAUUAUACCAAGUACUAUGGGUACCGGAAUCCAUCCUGUGAGGACGGUCGCCUUCGGGUGUUGAAGCCUGAGUGGUUUCGGGAUCGGGACGUCCUAGAUCUGGGGUGCAAUGUGGGCCAUCUGACCCUGAGCAUUGCCUGUAAGUGGGGUCCAUCCCGCAUGGUAGGCCUGGAUAUUGAUCCCCAGCUCAUCCACUCCGCCCGCCAAAAUAUCCGACACUACUUGUCUGAAGAGCUGCGUCUACCACCCCAGACUUCGGAGGGGGACCCAGGGGCAGAAAGUGAGGAAGGGACCACAACCAUCAGAAAGAGGAGCUGCUUCCCAGCCUCACUGACAGCCAGCCGGGGUCCCAUUGCUGCACCCCAAGUGCCCUUGGAUGGAGCAGACACAUCAGUCUUCCCCAACAAUGUUGUCUUCGUCACGGGUAACUAUGUGCUGGAUCGAGAUGAGCUGGUGGAGGCCCAAAGACCCGAGUAUGAUGUGGUGCUUUGCCUCAGCCUCACCAAGUGGGUGCAUCUGAACUGGGGAGAUGAGGGCCUGAAGCGCAUGUUUCGCCGGAUCUACCGGCACCUACGCCCUGGGGGUAUCCUGGUCCUGGAACCCCAACCUUGGUCAUCCUACAGCAAGAGAAAGACUCUCACAGAAACAACCUAUAAGAACUACUAUCGAAUCCAGUUGAAGCCAGAGCAGUUCAAUUCCUACCUGACAUCCCCAGAGGUGGGCUUCUCCAGCUAUGAGCUUGUGGCCACACCCCACAACACCUGCAAAGGCUUCCAGCGUCCUGUGUACCUGUUCCACAAGGCUCAUUCCCCCAGCCACUAAACGGCAUCCUGAAGAGAGUGUGUCAAGAAGCUGCCUGCUGCUCCUAAGGACCUGGGAGAAAGAGAGUAUCCCAGUCUUUCCUUUCUGGCUCCAAAAAGUUUCCUUUCUUGGAUCUGCACAGAAAGCUUAUCCUAUGUUGCUGCCCCAGCCUCUUCCCUAUACUUCUGGUACCUAAGCAGCAAGCCCAGCUGUGCUGGGGUUACCAUCCUCCUCACUCCCAGCCCACUGGGCUGAAUGGCAUGGACUGUUUGCUGACCUCUGUUCUCCUAGGGCACGGGAGGUGGGAGUUACCAAGUUCUCUAGCCUCUUCCUCCUGUUCUUCCAAGGGGAGAUUCUCAUUUUCCUCAGCCCUUGUCCCUAGCUACGUUUCAGUGGACUAUGGAUAGAUGGACUGAGGCCUAAGGGGGGGAAGCUUGGUGGGGAGGCACGCAGGUACUGUGAAUAUCCCUCUGCUGUCCCCCAUUGGGAGAGGGGGUUGGGUUGGAAUGUAAGAACAGCACAAUAAACUUGUUUAGGGCGGUGGCCCCCACA